AUGGGCAGCACCACGGACCAGAAACCGAUCCUCAUCCUCGGCGCCGGGCUCAGCGGCCUGCUGCUGGCACAGUACCUGCGCAAGACGGGCAGCAACAGACCCGUCCUCAUCUUCGAGCGGGAUGCCGACCUGGCCACGCGGGGCAUCGGCUGGGGGCUGACCCUGCACUGGUCGCUUCCGGCGCUGCGGUCUCUGCUGCCGGAGGAGCUCGUGCAGCGCCUCCCGGAGGCGUAUGUUGACCGGGCCGCCGUCGAACAAGGCCGGCCCUCGACUUUCCCCUUCUACGAUAUUAGCACCGGCGAGCUCAAGGCUAAGACCCCGACCGCCACGGAGUCGCACCGCAUUCGCGUCACGCGCGACCGCUUGCGCAGGUUGUUGGCAACGGACCUUGAUAUUAAGUGGGGCAAAGCAGUCAGUAGUAUCAAGACUGGCGAAGAUGGGACCGUGACGGCGAGCUUUGACGAUGGGACGUCCUGUGAGGGUUGUUUUGCAGUGGCCUGCGACGGCGGAAGCUCGCGGAUCCGCGGGCUGCUGUUUCCUGAGCAACAGAAACACCACAUCCCCGUGAGAUUAUUGGGUGUGCGGAUGGACUGUACUCCAGAGGAGAUUGAGCCUUUGCGGCAGCUUGACCCUUUCUUCCUCCAAGGGGCUGCGUCUGAGAAUGACUCGUUUGUGUACAUCAGUGUCCUUGACGCCCCCAACAACACUCCAGAAGGAAACGGCGGCAAGUACAGCUGCCAGAUGGUUGUUUCGUGGCCGAUCCGCAAGGGCUUCUUCGACCAGCCCGAGCCCAUCGCCUUCCCGGAUACCAACGAGGGCCGCAUAGCGCUGAUCAAAACGUUCGCUGAAACAUGGGCCGAGCCCUUCCGGACGCUUGCCCUCAGCAUCCCCAGCAGCAGCGAGGUCAAGUCGCUCGACUUGUAUGACUGGCCGCCGCCCAAAAACCUGCGCACCACGGGCCGUGUCGCUCUCGUAGGGGAUGCCCUGCACCCAAUGGCUAUGUACCGGGGCGAGGGUGCUAAUCACGCGAUCAUUGACGUCCUCGACCUCUCUGAGAUCGUCCUGCCGCAUCUCCUCUCCUCCGAAACACCAGCAGAAACUGCUUCUGCACAGGCCAGCUCCCUUCGCGCGGCGCUUGACCGGUAUGAAGACACCGUCGUCGCCCGCGCCCGCCCGGCCGUCUUGGCGUCGCGCCAGGCCUGUAUUGACGCGCACCAAUGGGCGCGGAUCCGCGACGCCAGCCCGCUUCUCAGCCGCCGCGCCAUGCAUCUCACGUUUGACGAGGCGGAUAUGGAUGCCGGUGCUUUGGCGACCAGCGCGAGCGCUGAGGGAGUGACGGGUUUGGUGAUCUGA